CUAGAGUGCGCAGUAAGUAAAAAUUCUUAGGGAAAGAGCCGCUUUCCUAGCCCACGUAAGAUUUGAUGAGGGUGUGGACUGUUGGGACGUAAGCAGUCUUUGCUUCAAUCUGUCAAGGCAACGAUCAUUUAUUGUUAAAUCCUUAUGCAAUAAAACUGAAAACGUUAGGUGUAAGGAGCACUCCACCUUCUGUCCCCUGGUUACUGUAGGGGUGUGCUCUGAGCCUGAGGACGAAUGCUUUCCAGGCCUCCUUUAAAUCUUUGCGGUUACCUCUGUAGUGUGUCCUCGUCCACCCACUGUUACCCAGCCACUCAGUUAGCUGUACGAGUCAAAGUUAGCCCUGAGAGUUAACUGAAGAGGCAAUCAUGGAUGACAUCUUCACCCAAUGUAGGGAAGGGAACGCCGUUGCUGUUCGCCUUUGGCUGGACAACACAGAAAAUGAUCUCAACCAGGGGGAUGACCACGGCUUCAGCCCCCUUCACUGGGCGUGCCGCGAGGGCCGCUCCAAUGUGGUGGACAUGCUUAUCAUGCGUGGUGCCCGCAUCAACGUCAUGAACCGCGGAGAUGACACACCUCUGCACCUGGCCUCCAGCCACGGCCACCGAGAUAUUGUGGGCAAGUUGAUCCAGUGCAAAGGGGACACCAACGCGGCCAACGAGCACGGCAACACACCGCUGCACUACGCCUGCUUCUGGGGACAGGACCUGGUGGCCGAGGACCUGGUAACUAAUGGCGCCCAGGUGAGCAUCUGCAACAAAUACGGAGAAACCCCACUGGACAAGGCUAAACCACACCUGCGUGACCUCUUGAAAGAGCGAGCAGAGAAGCUUGGGCAGAACUUGACUAAAGUUCCUUUCAAAGACACUUUCUGGAAAGGCACCACUCGAACACGGCCCCGUAACGGCACACUGAACAAACAUGCAGGCAUUGACUUCAAACAGCUGUCCCUCCUAUUAAAAAUUAAUGAUAACCACUCUGGAGAGCUGUGGCAAGGGCGUUGGCAGGGCACUGAGGUUGUGGUGAAGCUUCUGAAGAUUCGUGACUGGACGACCAGAAAGAGCAGAGAUUUCAAUGAGGAACAUCCCAAGCUAAGGAUAUUUUCCCACCCGAAUGUCCUUCCUGUUCUUGGGGCAUGUCAGUCACCCCCUGCCCCCCACCCUGUCAUCAUCACACAUUGGAUGCCAUAUGGUUCUCUCUAUAAUGUACUUCAUGAGGGCACAAACUUUGUGGUGGACCAGACUCAGGCGGUGAAGUUUGCCUUGGACAUUGCCUGUGGCAUGGCUUUCCUGCACACACUGGAGCCAAUGAUUCCCCGCCACUAUCUAAACAGCAGGAGCGUCAUGAUUGAUGAGGACAUGACUGCUAGGAUCAGUAUGGCAGAUGUGAAGUUCUCCUUCCAGUGCCCAGGGAGGAUGUACUCUCCAGCUUGGAUGGCUCCUGAGGCCUUGCAGAAGAAACCAGAGGAGAUCAACCGACGCUCUGCAGACAUGUGGAGCUUCGCCAUACUUCUGUGGGAGCUGGUAACCAGAGAGGUUCCCUUUGCUGACCUCUCAAAUAUGGAGAUUGGCAUGAAGGUGGCCCUGGAAGGACUUCGCCCCACCAUCCCUCCCGGCAUCUCACCCCACAUCUGCAAGCUCAUGAAAAUCUGCAUGAAUGAAGACCCGGCCAAGAGACCCAAGUUCGACAUGAUUGUGCCCAUCCUGGAGAAAAUGCAGGACAAGUGAAGCAUCCCUAUCACUCACUCACUCACUCACUCACUCCCUCCCUCCCCCCACAGUAUGCA